CUUAAAUCCCUUAACCCGAUCAGUGAAACGUUAGAGCUUAGACCAGCCAUAUGGCGUUUUCCCCAGACGUCAUUUUUUUUUAGUCCUGCAUUCAAUUCUUCCAUCUUUAUUUCGCGUACUAACACCUGAACAGACGACGCCUCGCAGUUGCAGCUACUAGAAGCGCGCCAUGGCAAGCAGCGUAGACGCGAAGCUCUUACGAGCGACAAAGUUCCCUCCCGAAUUCAAUCAGAAGGUUGACAUGCAAAAGGUCAAUCUUCAGGUCAUGAAGAAAUGGAUCGCCAGCAAGAUAUCCGAGAUAUUAGGAUCCGAAGAUGAUGUCGUCACCGAGCUAUGCUUUAACUUAAUCGAAGGUUCCCGAUAUCCUGAUAUCAAGUCCAUGCAAAUCCAGCUUACCGGUUUCCUCGAUAAAGAUACCGCACCCUUCUGUAAAGAUCUUUGGAACCUCUGCUUGAGCGCCCAGUCUAGCCCCCAGGGCGUCCCCAAGGAGCUCCUGGAAGCAAAGAAGCUAGAACUUAUUCAGGAGAAGAUCGAUGCCGACAAGGCUGCUGAAGAAUCACGAAUUCGACGUGAGACCCAGGAGCGUCGCGACCGUGAGUUAUCAGAUGUACGAGAUCGAGAGCGGCGCGACCGCGGUUUUCGCGGUGGACGGGGCGAUAAUUGGCGUGGUGGGAGACGUGGUGGUGGUGAUCGAGCCUUUGGCGGUGGUCGCGGUAGAGGCUUUGGCCGAGGUGGCGACCGAUCCCCCUCACCAUCACGACGAGAGCGGGACUCAUAUCAUAACAACCGUGAUCGUUAUGUACCCCCAAGCCGCCGUGGAAGCAGGCAGGAGGCUCGACGUGGACGCUCCGCAUCCCGUUCCGCGAGUCCCGAGUCUAGAGGCUCUGUAUCUCGUUCCCGAUCAUCUAGCACAACUAGUGGACGUAGCCGGCGAGUUAGUCACCGAUCACCUACCCCACCUCGUCACCGUUCUAGGGGACAUCGAUCGCCACCUCGCCAUAGAGCUUCAGGAAAGCGAGAUCGGUCUACAGGGCGAACAAGAGGUUAUAGGCCCCGUAGAGACGGCCGCAGAAGAAACACAUCUUCGCCGGCAAGCGCCAGCAGAUCCGGUGGUAGUCGAUCUCGCUCGCCGGCACCUAAGAGGCGUAGAUACUCAGACUCGCCCAGUCGCUCUCGGUCUCCCCCACGCCGUGACAAUCGGCGGCUGAGUCGUUCUCGUUCAUCCUCCUACUCGCGAUCACGCAGUCGUAGCCCGAGACGAAGACCGGUCCGAGAACUUAUUAGUCGUAGCCCCUCGCCUGGCCACCGUGGGAGGCUAAGACGAACCAUAACGCGAAGUCCAAGCAAAUCAGAGUCUGAUGAGACAAGGCGACCACGACGGAAAAGCCCACGAAGAAACGGACAGGAUAGCAAAGCUAGAGACAUCCCUUCGAGAAGGCGGAGAGACUCUGCCGAUUCCCCCCGCACCCGUAACAGAUCAGCUGAUGUUUCGGAAGAUGAAGACAAACCCAAAUCCCCUAGACACCGCGCGGCCUCGACAGCCGAUGAGGUUCGUCCUUCUUCUUAGGGAGUUUGUAUCACGUUGUGCAUUUAGACCGAGAACUGACUCUCGUAUUCUUCAGACUAAGUCCCCAGUGCAGCAGGCCAAUGAGCUACGAGAAAAGCUUCUAAAGGAGCGCAUAAAGAAGAUGAGAGGCACCUCAAGUAGAGACAACGUCAAAGGGUCAGGCUAAUCUUCUCAGGCUCGCAGGAUUUGCAGACUCGGUCAUCUUAAGAGACUUGAUAGCCCGUGGAUGUUGGGUUCGGCUGUUUUUUAUUUUCGUAAUUGGCUUUCGAGGUUAGUCACAAAAAUGCUUUGCGUUUGAGCUCAUGAAGUACGGCUAUCAUAUAGCAGAUAGAUGAUCAGACAAUAGACUUACUAUCAAACUUGGAUUUAGAUUCCGUGCAUACCGUUGUUUCCGCUGCUAGGAGAGCAGCAUCAUAUCCUAGUCUGACGUUGUCAUCAUAUUAGCUUCUAGGUAAGUAUAUUAAGAGUAGAAAUCUCGAAGGCAAUCACUUUUCCCUGCUUCAUACGUAUACCAACAGGACCACAUCAAGGAGUACCUACUUUACGAAUAAAUACCUACACGAGGCGUCUCGUCACCACAUAUCGAACUCAUUUAAGCCAUAUUAUUAGUUAUUAGAUUAUAAAAUACAAAGUCUCAAUAGAAUAUGUCUCCAAUUA